AUGUUUACCAUCAGAAAAGCCACUCCUGCAGAUUUGCCUGCAAUCCAAAAUGUUAAUUUAACAAAUUUACCAGAGAAUUAUAAUUUACAAUUAUAUUAUUAUCAUUUAAUAUUAUAUCCAACAUCUUUUGUUGCUGUAACACCUGAUAAUAAGGUGGUUGGGUAUUGUUUAACUAAAAUUGAAGAUGAUGACCCUCAUCCAGUUGUUACAGGACAAGUAACUUCUAUUAGUGUUUUAAGAACAUACAGAAGAUUAGGUAUUGCAACUAAAUUAAUUCGGGCUGCAGAAAAUAGUAUGAUUGAAGUCUUUGGUGCUCGAGCAAUGAUGCUUCAAGUAAGAGUUUCAAAUCAACCAGCCUUACAUUUAUAUGAAAAAACAAUUGGAUUUACUGUAACUAAAGUUUCAAAACAUUAUUAUCUUGAUGGAGAAGAUGCAUUAAUUUUGACACAUAAUUUUACAUUAGAUACUUUAAUUAAUAAGGAUUGCUCUUCUGUAGUUGUAGAUGAAUGGAAAAGAGUUAUGCAAGAACAGGAAAAUAAACAAAAAGAAUAA